CUGUUCUCCGGAACUCUAAGCUGGUUCCUUGCUAUUGGCUGACUUCGUUUCAUUUUACUGGAGUCGUAUUUCUCAAGUUGCAGAGCAGUGAUAUCUGCCAGUGUCCUGGGAGAGUUCAGGGGCCCUGACCAGUGACAAUGACAGCAGAUGAGUUGGUAUUCUUUGUGAACGGCAGAAAGGUGGUGGAGAAAAAUGCAGAUCCAGAAACAACCCUAUUGGCCUACCUGAGAAGAAAGUUGGGGCUGAGUGGGACCAAACUGGGCUGUGGAGAAGGGGGCUGCGGGGCCUGCACAGUGAUGCUUUCCAAGUAUGAUCGGCUCCAGAACAAGAUUGUCCACUUUUCUGCCAAUGCCUGCCUGGCCCCCAUUUGCUCCCUGCACCAUGUGGCUGUGACAACAGUGGAGGGCAUAGGGAGCACCAAGUCGAGGCUGCAUCCUGUGCAGGAGAGAAUUGCCAAAAGCCACGGCUCUCAGUGUGGGUUCUGCACCCCUGGAAUUGUCAUGAGCAUGUACACGCUGCUCCGGAACCAGCCUGAGCCUACCGUUGAGGACAUUGAGGAUAACUUCCAAGGAAACCUGUGCCGCUGCACGGGCUACAGACCCAUCCUCCAGGGCUUCCGGACCUUCGCCAGGGAUGGUGGAUGCUGUGGAGGGAAAGGGAGCAGCCCAAACUGCUGUAUGAACAAGAAGAAAGACCAAACUGUCACUCUCUCGCCAUCUUUAUUCAACCCAGAGGAGUUCAUACCCCUGGAUCCCACCCAGGAGCCCAUCUUCCCCCCAGAGUUGCUGAGGCUGAAAGACGUCCCUCAGAAGCUGCUGUGUUUUCAAGGGGAGCGAGUGACCUGGAUCCAGGCCUCAAGCCUGAAGGAGCUGCUGGACCUCAAAGCGCAGCACCCCGAGGCCAAGCUGGUGGUGGGAAACACAGAGAUCGGCAUCGAGAUGAAAUUUAAGAAUAAAUUGUUUCCUAUGAUCAUCUGCCCAGCCUGGAUCCCUGAGCUGAAUUCAGUAGAGCACGGAUCAGAGGGUAUCUCCUUUGGAGCCGCUUGUACCCUGAGCUCUGUGGAAAAGACCCUGCUCAAUGCAGUGGCCGAGCAUCCUGACCACAAAACAGAGGUGUUCAGAGGCGUCCUGGAGCAGCUGCGCUGGUUUGCUGGGAAGCAGAUCAAGUCUGUGGCGUGCAUUGGAGGGAACAUCAUCACCGCCAGCCCCAUCUCCGACCUCAACCCUGUGUUCAUGGCCAGCGGAGCCAAGCUAACCAUCGUGUCCAGAGGCACCAGGAGAACAGUGCAGAUGGACCACACCUUCUUCCCUGCCUACAGGAAGACCCUUCUAGGUCCAGAGGAGAUCCUGCUUUCCAUCGAGAUCCCCUACAGCAGGGAGGGUGAAUUUUUCUCAGCAUUCAAGCACGCUUCCCGGAGAGAAGAUGACAUAGCCAAGGUGACGUGUGGCAUGAGAGUCCUGUUCCAGCCAGGAACCACACAGGUGAAGGAGCUGGCCCUUUGCUAUGGCGGAAUGGCUGACAGAACUAUCUCAGCCCUCAAGACCACUAGGAAGCAUCUGUCAAAUUCCUGGGAUGAGAAGCUGCUGCAGGAUGUGUGCGCAGGCCUGGCAGAGGAGCUGAACCUGUCCCCUGAUGCUCCUGGCGGCAUGGUGGAGUUCCGACGCACCCUCACCCUUAGCUUCUUCUUCAAGUUCUAUCUGACGGUGCUUCAGAAGCUGAACAAAGCGGACUUGAAAGAUGAGUGUGGUAAACUGGACCCCACCUAUACCAGCGCCACCUUACCCUUUCAGAAAGAUCCUCCAGCCAACAUCCAGCUCUUCCAAGAGGUGCCCAAGGGUCAGUCUGAGGAGGACAUGGUGGGCCGGCCCCUGCCCCACCUCUCUGCGGCCAUGCAGGCCUCUGGGGAGGCCAUGUACUGUGACGACAUUCCUCGCUAUGAGAAUGAGCUGUCCCUCCGGCUGGUCACCAGCACCCAGGCCCAUGCCAAGAUCAAGUCCAUAGAUACUUCAGAAGCUCAGAAGGUACCAGGGUUUUUUUGCUUUCUCUCUGCUGAUGAUGUUCCUGGGAGUAACGUAACUGGACUUUUUAAUGAUGAAAUGGUCUUUGCGAAGGAUGAGGUGACUUGUGUCGGGCACAUCAUUGGGGCCGUGGUUGCUGACACCCCGGAACAUGCAGAGAGAGCUGCCCACGAGGUGAAGAUCACCUACGAAGUACUUCCAGCCAUUAUCACGAUCGAGGAUGCCAUAAAAAACAACUCCUUUUAUGGAUCUGAGCUGAAGAUUGAGAAAGGAGACCUCACGAAGGCGUUUUCGGAAGCAGAUAACAUCGUUUCAGGUGAGUUCCACAUCGGCGGCCAGGACCACUUCUAUCUGGAGACUCACUGCACCAUUGCUGUCCCAAAAGGCGAGGCAGGGGAGAUGGAGCUGUUUGCAUCUACUCAGAACACCAUGAAGACCCAGUCCUUUGUUGCAAACAUGUUGGGGGUUCCAGCAAACCGUAUUUUGGUCCGAGUGAAGAGAAUGGGAGGAGGCUUUGGAGGGAAGGAGACCAGGAGCACUGUGGUCUCCACGGCAGUGGCCCUCGCUGCAUACAAGACCGGCCGCCCUGUGCGCUGCAUGCUUGAUCGUGAUGAGGACAUGCUGAUAACUGGUGGCAGACAUCCCUUCUUGGCCAAAUACAAGGUUGGCUUCAUGAAGACAGGGACGGUUGUGGCCCUGGAGGUGGAUCACUUCAGCAACGCCGGGAACACCCUGGAUCUCUCUCAGAGUAUAAUGGAACGGGCUCUAUUCCACAUGGACAACUGCUAUAAAAUCCCCAACAUCCGGGGCACUGGGCGGCUGUGCAAAACCAACCUGUCCUCCAAUACGGCCUUCCGGGGCUUUGGGGGCCCCCAGGGUAUGCUCAUCGCCGAGUACUGGAUGAGCGAAGUUGCAGUGACCUGUGGGCUCCCUGCAGAAGAAGUGCGCAGGAGGAACAUGUACAAAGAAGGGGACCUGACACACUUCAACCAGAAGCUUGAGGGGUUCACCUUGCCUAGGUGCUGGGACGAAUGCCUCGAAAGCUCUCGGUAUCAUGCUCGGAAGAGUGAAGUCGACAAGUUCAACAAGGAGAAUUGUUGGAAAAAGAGAGGAUUGUGCAUAAUCCCCACCAAGUUUGGAAUAAGCUUCACACUUCCUUUCCUGAAUCAGGCAGGAGCUCUGAUUCACGUGUACACGGAUGGCUCUGUGUUGCUGAUACAUGGGGGCACUGAGAUGGGCCAAGGUCUUCACACCAAGAUGGUGCAGGUGGCCAGCAGAGCUCUGAAAAUCCCCACCUCUAAGAUUUACAUCAGUGAGACGAGCACUAACACGGUGCCCAACACCUCCCCCACGGCCGCCUCCGUCAGCACCGACCUCAACGGACAGGCCAUCUACGAAGCUUGUCAGACCAUCCUGAAAAGGCUGGAACCCUUCAAGAAAAAGAAUCCUAGUGGCUCCUGGGAAGACUGGGUCAUAGCUGCCUACCAAGAUGCUGUGAGUUUGUCUGCUACUGGGUUUUAUAAAACACCCAACCUUGGCUACAACUUUGAGACAAAUUCAGGGAAUCCCUUCCACUACUUCACCUAUGGGGUGGCUUGCUCUGAAGUGGAAAUUGACUGCUUAACAGGGGAUCAUAAGAACCUCCGCACAGACAUUGUCAUGGAUGUUGGCUCCAGUCUGAACCCUGCCAUCGACAUUGGACAGGUGGAAGGGGCAUUCGUCCAGGGCCUUGGACUCUUCACCCUGGAGGAACUGCACUACUCCCCAGAGGGCAGCCUGCACACCCGCGGCCCCAGCACCUACAAGAUCCCUGCGUUUGGCAGCAUCCCCACUGAGUUCAGUGUGUCCCUGCUCCGUGACUGCCCCAACAAGAAGGCCAUCUAUGCAUCCAAGGCUAUCGGGGAGCCGCCCCUCUUCCUGGCCGCCUCCAUCUUCUUUGCCAUCAAGGACGCCGUCCGUGCAGCUCGAGCCCAGCACACAGAUCAUAAUAUGAAGGAGCUUUUCCAGCUGGACAGCCCCGCCACCCCGGAGAAGAUCCGCAAUGCCUGCGUGGACAGGUUCACCACUCUGUGUGUCACUGGCGUACCUGAAAACUGUAAACCCUGGUCUCUGAGGGUCUGAAGAGAAAGGCCCCAGCAGAGUCUUCUUACGUUAACCCGGGGCUUCCACCGAGCCUGAACGUGCCCUGCAGCACACGAAUCUAUAAGAGUCGCAAGAUGACAACGCUGUGAUUCUUCAGGAUGGUGUUUGGAAGAACAUCGAAUGUCUUGGAAGAUUUUGAUAAAAAAUAUGAUCUGCAAACAUAACAAUAAGCAAAUUUAUAACUGUUAAGUCCAAGUGGCUAAUAUGCAGUUAUGGUGAUUUCAUGUCUGUUUUAAUCAUGUCUUUGAAAUAGGCUUAGGAAGAGUUUGUGCUUUGUCUCAACUCACUGGACAGCCUGCAUAACCUCAAGUGCUAAAAGUGGCUGUCCUUCAAAGAGGAUUCCCACAGACUGCCAGAAGCUUCAAACCAAAGUUACUCUAAACCAUAUGGCUUUCUCAGAAAACCUUUCCUUCAAGCCAGUGAACAUCAUAUUAUAACCUCAGCUCUAUACUCAAAUUUGCAGUGGAACAGGGGCAUGAGAUUCAAAUCUAUAACCACCUUUGUGUCAUUGAAGAGAAUAAAGAAUUAAAUUCAAGGCUGAUUGAAUCCAAUCUUGUUAAGCUGAAUGAAGUAAAAUUAUUCUAGAACAUGAAAAGCCAGCCAACUCAAUUAUUAAACAUCUACAAUGUGCUAGGUGCUAGGUUUCUUCCUUUUCCCCUUUGUGGAUUAAAAAAAAAAGGUCAAGUUUAAAAACCUUCAUUUGAAGCUACAGUAAUUUCCAUCUAGAGAUGAUGCUACUGAAAUCAAGCUUAGCCAGAAAAAAAAACCAGUCAGAGAGCCUGGGUUCUCAUCUCGGCUGUCUCUAACUAUGUGUGACCUGGGAGUGUCACUUAACUCUUCUGUACUUCAUUUUCCUGCAAAAUGAAAGGGUUGGACUGGAAUAACCUUUAAGGUCUUUUCCAGCUCUGUAAGUCUAUAAAUACAUGCCCCAAACCCUGUUAUAUAAGGGAUCUGCAGCUAUCAAAGACUUGGCUCCCUUACUAUGAUGUGAUAUCUGGGCCUAAUGAUCUCUGCUUACCUUCCUUCUGCCAAGCUCCUGAGGUUGGCAAAAAGAACAGGAGGAAGCAAACAUCCCCUCUGGUGAUUUUAUGGCUACAUGGUGCUCAGUGGACAGUGGGACACUGUCACGUGUGCCUUCACUGUAUAAAGCACUCAGCCUUCUGCCAGACAGGGCCCGUGGGUCUGGCCACGGAAGGAGGUAGUGGACACCAUACAGUUGAGCUUGGUGCUUGAUGUCACUAAUAAAUGAAACUGUCAGCUGUC